UUUUGUUUGAUCAGUUCCACCUCCCAGAUUCCGGUAAAGCACCUGGUCCAGUCUGUUACCUAACAACACGGUCAGCGUCAUCUUACCUGUUCUCGCCCUCUAAGGAGAACACGGAGCCAGGGUUAAAGCACAGACCCCCAAGCCAACUACCACGUCCAAGUCAUCCCUCGAAAGCAGGAGCCUUCCAGCAACUCACGGCAGCACCGGCAACCGCCAUGAAGGUCACCAUCGCCUUCCUCCUCCUGCUGCUGCCACUAACGCUGAUGUCCACGGCCUCCAGCAGCCCAAAUUCAGGGGUCGCCAGAGGCCGCAGGGACCAGCGCCAGGCUCCUAGGAGCCGGCUCCGCGAAGGCGGCCAGGAAUGCGAGUGCAAAGAUUGGUUCCUGAGAGCCCUGAGGAGAAAACUCAUGGCAGUGUCCCGGCUGCCAAAGAAGCAAUGUCCCUGUGAUCGUGUCAAGGUCAACGUGAAGAAAAGCAGACACCAAAGGCACCACAGGAAGCCAAGCAAGCACUCCAGAGCCUGCCAGGAGUUUCUCAAACAGUGUCAACUAGCAAGCAUCGCCCUGCCUUUGUAAGGGCUCUGAACUACACCUUCUCAAUCAAAAAGGCAGCGAACACACCUAGAGCACACCCUUCCCGUCGCUCUCCCUCAGCCAAGCUGUGCUCCAAAGGCAUUUUUCCCCACAUCACACUGACCAUUGCUUCUUCUACUGUUUUCUUCUGCAUUUCCCCGUGUCUUCCCUCUUACCCAGUUUAAAGCUUAAUUACCCAAUUGCCUGAAAGAAAGUAGGAAACCCUAUGCUUCUAGCCGGUCUCACUUGACCUUAAAUACAACCCAGAAAGUAAUAAACGGAAGUUAAUAAAUGUUUUUAAAUGUAA